UCAGUGUUUAUGGGUCUUAGGUCCGACACGGUUGAGUGCGGCGCUUGAAAAUCUAUAAAAAAAAACGCAUACGACAAUGGGAAAGUAUUUUGCUGUGUUUGUUGUUCAGUUUAUAAUUUUGGCACUAUGCGUAGCAAAUUUACAAUCCGAAGAGAUAAGUGAAAAGAAAGUCGAGGAAUUUCAAAAAGAGUUGGAUAAUUAUAGUAAAUUGAUCGAAAUAAAUGAAGAUGAGCUUAAAAAGAUGGAAUGGGAAUUAGACCUGGAGAUUAAUAGCUUUAGUGCAGCAAAAACCAACAUUAAUAACCAAUUCACGGACUUGCAAAACCAAUUGACAGAAUGUCAGCAACAGUCGAACAACCAAACCAAACAACACACAAUAAACACCGAGUUAAUAAGGAAUUUUAUUACCAAAUUCAGUCAACUAAUUGAUGAUAAGGCAAACGAAACACAAACAUUGCAGUCUAAUAUUGCGGAGGCUGACUUAAAACUACGCGAGCGUGAUUCUGAAAUUUCUAACUUGAAAAAUGCUCAAAGGGAGUUGCAAGCAAAACAGCAUACUCUUGAGGAAAAAAUUAGAGAACUUAACAAAAUAAUUCAUAUAAAUGAAAAUCAGUUUCGAAAUUGCCAAGCUCAAUUAAAGCCAGAAAUACCAACAAUGGAAUCUAAGCUAAGACGCGAAGAAAAUAACACCCAUUUGCCAACUACAAAGAUCCAGCUCAACGUACCGAACAGUUGCAUUUCCUCAAAUGGAGUUCAAUUUAUACAAGUUGCCGAUUCCUAUCCCAUCUACGUACUUUGCGAUAAGAAUGUUCUCGGGCCCGGCUGGAUGAUAAUUCAGCGGCGUAUUGAUGGAAAACUUGCCUUCAAUCGCAACUGGGCUGAUUACAAAAAAGGAUUUGGAGGUUUUCAUAAAGAAUUUUUCCUUGGGCUAAGAAAACUGCAUCUCAUCACAAAUGCACAACAGCACGAAUUGUAUAUUCGGUUAACUAAUUUUAAUAAUCGAACGUAUUUUGCUCACUAUGCUGAUUUUAAGAUCGGUACUGAGCAGAACGGAUACCCUUUAGAGGUACUCGGAAAUUUCAAAGGAAAUGCAAGCGAUGCCAUGACUGAAAAUAGAUUGCAAACAUUUAAAACUUAUGAUCGUGGUAGUCCCUAUCAGAAUAAUUGCCCGAAUAAGUACUCUGGUGGCUGGUGGUUUCCUUCUUCUUCUUGUGGAAACAGUAAUCUAAAUGGACAAUACGACUCUUGGAAUCAAAAUAAAAUAUUCUGGGGCAACUCUCCCCCCUAUUCCAUAAAGACUGUCUACAUGAUGAUUCGACCCAAGCAAGCAAGAAAAUAAUAAUUUCUUUAAAUUAUAAUACGAUUAAUUACUAAUUACUUUCGUUAUAUAAAUAUAGAUAUAAUUUUUCUGCAAUACUACACUUCCUCUUUAGCAUUUCUCGUAUCUCCGCCUGUGUGGAGCUGUUUCCAUCGAUAACUGCGACUGUUGCCCGGGCAACGGCCUAUCCUCUUAGGAACACUUGACUAGCGCCUUGACAAUGGGCAGCUAAUAAUGCAAUCGAUAUUAAAUUAAUUAAUAUAAGCUCUUUGGUCGCAGGACAAACAAUAAUACCUCUCUCUAUAUAUAAACUAAUACUAUGUCUGCAUAUAAUGCCAAUUUCACGCUCGCCGUACCGUAAGGCAGAGUUAGCUGCACAUUGGAAACCGCCAACAUUUAGCUUAUCGCUCCGCGGAAAGCCAGCAGCAAUAAAAAGUCAAUAAAUUAGUUGAAAAUGUGCAACUGGGAAACUGUGGCUGAGGCCAGUCGAGGGUAUAAGCUGCGUAUUUAGCGUAUUUUAUAGCUACAAAGAAGUCACAUAAAUAAAUAACAAGAUGCUUAACUGGAGAGAAUCAUUUAAAUACCCUGCAUCCAUUGCAAUUAGAUAAAUAUCAAAUGAUUAACUUAUCUUCAAGAACUCCCUCAAUCUAAGCUCCAAAAUAAAACAGAAAGUAACAGUUUUUAAAUAAUAUGGGAGAAGUCAAUUCAAAAUAAUGACAGCUGAUUUUUGUGCACAACAAGUUCGGAAAUUAAUUGGAAAAUAAAAAUAUUUCAGAUUAUUCGGACACCGCGAAUGUUUCCUCAGUACGUUUCGUAUUUAUAACAUUUAACUGAAAAAAAAAAAAAUUGAAAGCAGUAGCUUCAAACAUUUUAUGGCGUUAGUCGAAAAUAUUGGAUUGGAAACACACCUCCGUACCACCUGGCAGUGCCACAAAAUCUGAGAGCCUGCCACCAAACAGCAAUUGCGAGCCGUUGCUCAGGUGACGAAAUGCGUCUUGAAGGUACGUGAUGUGCCUGGCAAGGACCCCAAAAAUGUGGACUACCAAAAUCCGCACCAUGGGGUGGCACAUUAAGUAUGAGCAGCUAGCUCGGCGAAAAGAUCCCAAAAUCCCAAGUGGAUGGCAAUCGUUUUGGCUGCCAGACAACAAUGGCUGGCAUAAGGUGCGAGUUGAAGUAAAUGCAAUCAAUACGCAUAGACGGCACAUAACAGGUAUUACGAGUAUGUAUUACGUAUUACGUAUUAUGUAUAAUGCAUGAUGUGUGCCCGAAUCGGCACUCAGCCUGGGCCUGAACCUGGGCCUGUCUAUGCUACACAUAUGAAAAAUCAACGCCAAGCAUAAUCUAUUAAAUUAUCCUAAUUUCAUCACGCACCAAAUCCCUUUAGCCGUGAACCGUGCGGGCCAGGCCAUGCCGGGCACCCGCAUGAAAAACAAUAAAAAUUUGCAUAAUAUCGGUAUAAUAUUUUAGCAUUAUGUGCAUGACAAAGGUGCAGAAAGUAAUGGUAUUAUGUGCCAGACAUUGCCAGCAAGAUAUUCACAUUCAGCUCUUCACGUCAAUUCGAUAGCGGGACGCUAUUUGCGGGUGCGGAGGCUACGAUAAUGGCCCAUAAAUGUGGCAACACAUGUUGCCAAACAUUUUCAAAUACAUUUGUUAUGCGCCUGCCGAGACGAAUCCACGGCACCCACUUGAAAUAUAGAGCUCGAGCUUAGUUGCUUUAGUCGUAUAUAUGCUAUAGGAAUUCUGUGCGCGACUAACCAAGUAAUUUAUUUUCUCCGGUUUUGCUUUCUACUUUUGAAAAUCCCGACUAAUUACUUGUCUAAUUACUGGCCAUUUUUUUACAGCAAAUUAACUGCAAUUUGUUUGCUAAAUCGUAUUUUAAGCAGAGUCAAGCAUGGUUGCAAAAGAAUAGUAUACCAUGGCUGCAUUUUAAUAUGUUAUUUAAAUUCUAAAUUCUUGAAGCGAAGAGCAUUAGGCUGCUAUAUUCUAUUAAACCCUACUUAGAAAACUCUUAAAUAUAAAUCUCUCAUCAAUUCUGAAAA